GGAAUUUGGGGGCGGGGCUUGUAAUAACAAUCUAGCUGCACCUCAGCUUAGUGCUCCUGCUAAAACUAGCGUAGUAAACACACAUUCUACAAGACAAUGUCUACAGAAGAAGAUAAGAAAUUGGAACUUGCUGAGGCCGCCCCCACGGAACAGCCAAGGGAAGACCCUCAACUUGAUGCUCCCGAGGACUUGCAACCUAAGCCUAAGGCUGAGGCCGAUGCAGGCCCUGGAGACAAACAAACUGUAGAGGAGCCUACUGAACCAGAGAUACAACAAUUACCGAAAGAUCUAGAAGAAGCAACGGCAGAAAGCACUGGGAAACGUUCACCCACUCCAGAAGCUGCAAAGCCCAAGAGCUCAGGAAAGGGAUCAUUGGAGGCUCAUGUUGACUUACUGGAUGGGGAGGUCCUGCAACUACAGGAUCUUGAGCGCAAGGUGAAGGGGACACAUGUGAUUGAUCAGGCCCACAUCAAGCAAGACACUGAAGAAAGGGACUUCUUCUCUGUGUUCUAUUACGAUGAAUACAGUGUUUCCAAGGACAACCAGGAGAUCCAUCUCCAGCAAAAGAUCUUUCUCGAUCAAUUGAAGCCCCUGAAACCACAGCUACAUCCUCCAGAGAAACAAGAGUUACCCAUCAUGCUGACCUAUGGAGUCAAGUAUUAUGUGCCUGAUCCUGCCAAACUGAGGGAGGACUACUCAAGGUACCUCUACUGCGUGCAGCUGUGCGAUGACAUCCGUCGGAACAGAGUGAGAGUCGAUCGAGAGACGGCCAUUAGACUAACAGCCCUCAUGCUACAAGGCACUCUGGACGAUUAUGACCCAGAACUCCACAAAGAUGGCUACACCAAGAAGUUCCCCAACUUUGAGCUUCUCCCUGUCAGCCUCCAGCCGGACAACUAUGAGGAUCAGGUGAUUGAGGUUCACAAGGCAAAAACUGGCUACACUCCUGCACAGGCAGAGUCCGAGUUCCUAGCCCUCGCCAAAGACCUCCCUCGAUACGGUCAACACCUCUUCCUGGCAACGGAUGCUGAUGGAAACCCUGUGAUGAUUGGAAACAGCUGCAAGGGAGUCUCCAUCUACCACGACUACAACAAUGACGCUGAGAGCCAGCUCAUUCUGUGGAGGGACAUUGUCAAGAUCUCUUACAAGAAGCAUAAGUUCAGGGUCAAGUACCACCCUCCGGAGAAUGCCAAUGAUGAAGGCAAGCGUCCUGUUCACUACAUAAAGUUUCGCACUGCAGAGCCCCCUCAGGCUAAGAGGAUAUGGAAGAACGCAGUCGAGCAGCACGCUUUCUUCAGACUCACCGCUCCCGACCCUCCCUCCUUCAUAGAGAGACUGGCACGUCGAACAAGUUUCCGGUUCAGUGGCAAUACCCUCAGGCAAUCAAUGAGACUACCUCCAAAGAGAGAUCAUUUCGACUUCAACCGGCGCACCCUGUCCAUGCGAGCUAAGCCCAGGAGGAACUUUGAGAUUGCUCAAUCGCAGAGUGUGCCCGAGGCUACAUGGGUUAUCUUGGAUCGACCUCCAGCCGGCGAUGCCAUAGAUCUCGAGAAAUUCGAACGCCAGAAAGUGGUUGUUGACUUCCGUCUUGCAGAGAGUGCCGAUGACCAAGCCCAGCGCUAUGUGCUACGCAAGGGCGAACAUGGGAGCUACCAGAUGUUGGACAUCAUAGACUUUGCAGAUGAGAAGGAGAAAGAUUUCCACUUGAGUGAGGUGGACGAGGAGUCGAAGGCUGCCAUGGUGUCUGUCAUUCUGAACGUAGAGGCUCCUAGCAAUGCAGCCGUCAGCCAUGCCCACCACGACUACCAUGACCAACCAGUGUUUGAUAGCAAAAGGAUGCCAGUUGUCAGGCUGGGAGGUGCAACUCGUGUAGAGACAGCCUCAGUGGUAGAGUCAGAGGGAAGGCCAGUCACCUCCGGCAGACACAGCCAGCAGUACCCCCUCGAGGUAGUUGCUGAUGCUGAUCGGUCUGUGAGCAAGAGCACGUAUGAUUGGCUGGCACCACGGGAACCGACAGGCGAGGAGAUAGAGCCUGUGAAACCAGCCGUUGAUGGCUCGGUGGAAGCCCAACAAGUUGACAAAUUCCUGGACAUGGAGGCACAUGUCAUGAAGCAGGUGAUGGACGAUCAGGUUGAGGCCACACCCACUGGGGAUGAAACCACACCCAUUGAGAUAAUAGAGUCACCCCCUGUUGUGGAAGUUGAGGUAGUCAAUGAGGACUAGCACUCAUCCUCUAAACACUCAUUAGUUUUUAGACAUAAUUAUGUGUAUUUUGUAGUGUACAUGUUUUCUGUUCACCUAACUUACCCUAACCCAAUGUAUGCACCAGUACUGAUUGCGGCUGAUCCACUGGCCCUACAUGACCUACCAACUCUCAUCUUACUUACAAUUAGCAAACAUUGAUGUGUACAUAGCUCCCGUUAUUUUUGUUUUAUAAAAAAACUAAAAACACAUUUUUUAGAACUUUG